GCGCCCUGCGCAACAUUCGUGAAUCCAGCCGAGCAAGAUUAUUGUUCUGUUGAGAUUCGAGCCAGUCUCGAUAUACCUAUCUACAGUGUGUACGUAGAUAUUUAUUAGAUAAGUAGUGUAGUUCAAAAACUGCGAGUGUGAGGCGCGAAGAUGCCUCUAUUUGGCAAAAAAGAUUUCGGAAGAAAGUCCAAAAAAGAUGGUAAAGAUGCUGAGAAACAACCAUCUAUCGAAGACAAGUACGUCGUCAAAGAUCUGUUGGGGACAGGAGCAUUUUCCGAGGUACGUUUGAUAGAGAGCAAAGAAAACGGGCAGAUGUUCGCAUGUAAAAUUAUCGACAAAAAAGCUCUUAAAGGCAAGGAGGACUCGUUAGAAAAUGAAAUACGUGUCCUAAAAAGAUUUAGCGAACAAGCAAAAGGCGAGGGCGCCGAGAAGAAGAUGUUUUCGCAUCCGAAUAUCGUCCAGCUGCUCGAGACAUAUGAGGAUAAGAAUAAAGUGUAUCUCGUGAUGGAACUGGUCACGGGUGGCGAAUUGUUUGAUAGAAUUGUUGAGAAAGGCUCUUAUACUGAGAAAGAUGCAUCCAAUUUAAUUAGGCAAGUGUUGGAAGCAGUUGAUUACAUGCACUCUCAAGGAGUGGUGCAUAGAGAUUUAAAACCUGAGAACCUGCUGUACUACAGUGCUGAUGAGGAUAGUAAAAUUAUGAUAAGUGACUUUGGCUUGUCUAAGAUAGAAGACUCUGGAAUAAUGGCCACAGCUUGUGGUACUCCAGGUUAUGUUGCCCCAGAAGUGUUGGCGCAGAAGCCAUAUGGGAAGGCAGUGGAUGUGUGGAGCAUAGGAGUUAUAUCCUACAUCUUGCUUUGUGGAUACCCUCCAUUUUAUGAUGAGAAUGAUGCAAACCUGUUUGCUCAGAUUCUGAAGGGAGACUUUGAAUUUGAUUCACCUUACUGGGACGACAUUAGUGAUUCCGCUAAAGACUUCAUCCGGCAUUUAAUGUGUGUUGAUGUGGAGAAGAGAUACACUUGCAAGCAAGCUUUGGCUCAUCCAUGGAUUUCAGGCAACGCUGCCAGCAACAAGAACAUCCAUGGCACUGUUUCUGAGCAACUCAAGAAGAACUUUGCCAAGUCUCGCUGGAAACAGGCCUACCAUGCUACCACUGUUAUCAGGCAAAUGCAGAAAAUGGCGCUCAAUAGUAGCAGCUCAAGUCGCAAUGCUAAUGCCCAGGCCAAACAAUAGUUGCAUUGUUUGACUACCCACCUUCCUAUUGCCAUUGUUACACCUACCUAGAAAGGUACCAAAUAUAGUAGGUUUUAACAGUCUUGUAACGACUAAUGUCUAAGUUGGACACGAUCCUGUUUAUGCAGCACCAUUCGGUGUGAUGCUUGUUAAAUUGGUAGAUAUCACAUUAAUUGGAAUUCAUUGUCAAUACAGUUGCUAAGAGACGCGUCUGAUUCGUGUCAUCGCUAUAUUUGUGGCGCCUCUAUGCCGUUUAUACUUCACAUGAGUGUUCGUCAAAUCUAUGUACUUGGAGCAGUGCUUAUAAAACGUAUAUUGUAGGCAUGUUACAUAAUGAUAAAAAAAUCAACGAACUGUUUAUAAGACAUUAUGUCUAGUCAUUUUAUCGUUUCUGCUUGCAUAAAAAAUAUCCCAUCUUAAUUGGAUUAAUUAAUAAUUAAUAUGGUAAUUGUAGUUGAAGGUAACAUAAUGGAGUUACAUUCUAAUAUAUACAUAUAUCCCUAAUCAAUUUAUCAUGAUAUUCCUAAUCUAUAUUUAUUAUACUAUUAUUUGAAAAAUGCAUGUAGAUGCUAUUUCUUUUAAGCAAACUUGACAUUUUAUUUUAUAUAUUUUGUAUAACUUAUUCCUAAAUCUUGACCAUGAAUCUUUUGAAGGUUUUAUCUUUACUUUUUCUUUUUAAUUCUCAAUAUAAAUCAAUAUAAUUAGGUAGGAUAACAAAAUGUUCUCUUUAAAAGAUACUGACUAAAUAGUUAUUACUUAGGUCUGGUGAUACUGACAAAUCACCUAAUAAUAAGGUCUGUUGCAAAUUUCUUUAGAAUUACAAAUUAAUAAAGUGACGAAUAUUUACACUUAAAUGAUAAUGUUUGGAUAUGAUAAAGUAUAUUAUUAGGCAUUGAGGAUGUUGAACAGCUGUUUACUUACCAUAUAAAUCCAUUGAAGUGUCUGUACUUAGGUACUCUUUAAAGAAAUUGAGAUAGCCAUGUCUUGUGAUUAUUCUAAUUGAACCUUCAAGUAGUUGUUUUAAAGUUUGUUAAUCAAUUACCUAUGCUACUCCUAGUGUAAGUUUCGUGAUUCUAACGCUAAGUCCUAUAUCCACUGUCAUAUUCAAAUACCUGUUAAGUAGUGAAUUAUUAUAUCUUACCUAUAUGCACUGUUGAAUUCAAUGUUGUCAUAUAAUACUCUGCAUACAAAAGGAUUGUAUAAUAGUGUGAUUCCUUGCAAAUAUCUUUAAACAUAUUACC